GCUAGGGCUCCAAGCAAAUCUUUCAAUUGACAUAUAAUAACAGGGUUGUUUGCUGCAUAUAAGAGAGAGUCUGUUAUAACCAGAGAGACAGAGAGAGCGAGAGAGAGGGAGAGAUAGAGAUAGAGAGAGAUGGAAAGUGCAGGAGCAGGAAUGGCCGAGGAAGGGAAUAUAGAGAGAGUCGAGGAUUCAAAAGAUUUGCAACAACAAAGCAAAGCACUCGAUAAGCUCACUGACCAUGUUGAAGAUCGUCAGCUUGAUUCCACUCGUGUUCAGGAGGCUAUGGCAUCGAUUUCUGCAUCCAAGGAAGCUGAUUUGAAUGCCAUGAAGCUCAGAGAAAGAGAACUGGCGGCUGUCAAGAUUAAUGCUGCUGAAAUUGAUAUUAUUGCAAAUGAACUCGAGAUGGACAAAAAGGUGGCUGAGAGGACAUUGCGCGAGCACAAAGGUGAUGCAGUUGCUGCAAUUCGAUAUUUGCUUCGUACCUAAGUUCGAACCUGGCUUUUAUGAAAUGGUCUGUACUACAUGACCAGGAUAAAAUACCAGUUACUGUAUUGUUUUUUGCUUCAUUAAAUUUAUGUACAAUUGUGGGAAUUCUAUUUUCGAGUACCAGAAGAGCAUUAAUAUC